AUGCAUUUUAGAUUUGUAAAAAACGCCGUUGGUUUAAUUUUAUACUCUAGUUUGUACAGCUCCUUUUCAACCACUUUGUUUUGCUCUGCGGCGAAGACUUACUACCGAGAUAACAAGGAUUCCACCAACUCCUAUAACGAACAAAAAAGUAUGUUCGAUUUGGGAACAUUCAACGAUAACAAAUUUCUUUCCGGUGAAUUGACACUCCUUAAAUCACAACUAACCUCUGAUGUUACAUAUAAGUUGAUGGUGGGAAGUCAGAUAACAACAGGGUCCUGUUGGUUUGUGGCAGAUGUUUAUGCCGGAGGCGAAUAUAAAUUCACAAACAACAACUACUCUGAUUUAAAAAUGAUGUUAACUACCGAUUAUAAAACACAUCUUGUAAAAAAUGGAUUAGUAAAACAUAAUUUUAAAGUCGAACCGUUUAAAGAAUCAGAGGACAUAGUCCCGCCGGUGGUGGGAAUGGUCGGUUACCCUGAAAGAAUGUACACAUUCCUUACAGUUUCAAAGGAUGUUAAACCAGGAGAAUAUGUCGUCCUUUUCGCAUAUGGAAGAUCCUUCUCAGACGAUCUUCCACAUCGAUUUAAGGAGUUCAGAAUAAAAGUUCUGUAAUUUUUUAAAUUUAUAAUGCCUU